GCUUGAUCUUUUAACACAUAAAGGACAAUAAUUUGGAUGCGUUUGAGUUCUGAACUGGAAACGACUCCCCUACAUUUUCCUCGCUCCUUUGGAAGAGAAGUUAUGGGGAGAACUUCGUGGGUUCAUUUCUGUUGUGUUUUCUGCUUAAUUUUACUCUUUUUAGCACGUUCAUGGCUUCCUCUGGGCAAGCCUGAACGAGUUGGAUGCCCCGGGGACACGCCCUGGUGCACCUCCAAGAACCAUAUCUAUUCCAAGUCAGGCUUAGGAUUACAGACCCAAGUCCACAAGUCCACGGACCACUCGACCCAGAUCCCUCACCACCCACUAGACCCACUUACUGUACAGGAAAUCAACAGGGUCCGCACCAUCCUCACGUCCUACGAACCGUUUUCAUCGACCUUUCCGACUAUUCAGUCUGUAUUACUUGACGAACCAGAGAAGCCUCUGGUUUUGGGUUGGAAAGGCGGCGACCCACUUCCACCGAGGAAAGCAGCCGUUCUCGCGCUAUUGAAUGGCCAAUCCCAUGUGCUCACUGUGGAUUUGGGUUCCGGUCACGUCGAUAGCCAUGUUGUCAAUCCAACUUCCGGUUAUCCAAUUCUCUCCAGGGAUGAUAUCUUGGCUGCAUCACGAGCGCCAUUCUCCAAUGCAAAAUUUAAUGAAUCAAUUAGCAAACGGGGAAUUUCGCCAUCGGACUUAGCAUGCAUCACGCCCUCGGCGGGCUGGUACGGGCCGGAUGAAGAAGGUAGGAGGAUUAUAAAGGUCCAGUGCUACUCAGCCGAAAGCACGCCCAACUUCUACAUGAGGCCGAUUGAGGGGCUGACCGUGACGGUGGACCUUGACAAGAAGGAAGUGGUCAAAAUUUCCGAUACCGGCCGAGGUAUCCCUGUCCCACGAAGUAACAACACAGACUAUCGAUAUAAUGCCCAAGAGAAGCCGGUAGGCAUGGAACCACUGAACCCAAUUUCCAUCGAGCAACCUAAAGGUCCAAGCUUUAAAGUUGAAGAUGGGCAUAUAGUGAAGUGGGCUAACUGGAUGUUCCACCUCAAGGCUGAUCAACGAGCAGGGUUGGUGAUUUCACGAGCCAUGGUGCGAGAUUCGGAGACUGGUCAGCUCAGGAGCGUGAUGUAUAAAGGCUUUUCUUCAGAAUUAUUCGUGCCUUAUAUGGACCUUGAUGAAGCUUGGUACUUUAAAACUUAUAUGGAUGCUGGUGAGUUUGGGUUAGGAGCAGUGGCAAUGUCACUUGUACCUUUAAAUGACUGUCCAAGGAACUCACACUACAUGGACGGAAUCUUUGUGGCAUCCGAUGGAAAGCCGUUCGUUCAGCCAAAUAUAAUAUGCCUGUUUGAGCGAUACGCUGGAGAUAUUGGUUGGCGGCAUUCAGAGAGCUUAAUUCACGGCUUAGAGAUUCGUGAAGCAAGACCAAAGGUGACCCUUGUUGCUCGGAUGUCAUCAUCACUAGGAAACUAUGAUUAUAUUUUUGAUUGGGAGUUUCAGACAGAUGGUUUGAUUCAAAUUAAGGUAGGACUCUCAGGAAUGCUAAUGGUAAAAGGAAGUCCUCUUGAGAAUAUAAAUCAGGUGCCAAACCAAGAUGAUCUGUCUGGUUCCCUAGUUUCUGAAAAUGUAAUUGGUGUAGUUCAUGAUCACUUCAUUACAUUUCACCUAGACCUGGAUGUUGAUGGUGCUAAUAAUUCCUUUAUUAAAGUUAAUCUUGAGAAGGAAGAUAGUUUGCCAGGUGAAUCUCCUAGGAAGAGCUACUUGAAAGCUAAGCGACAAGUAGCCCAAACCGAAAAAGAUGCUCAAAUCAAGCUUAAGCUCUAUGAUCCCUCGGAGUUCCACAUAAUUAAUCCUUCAAGGAGGUCUAGGCUUGGAAAUCCAGCUGGAUACAAGGUUGUUCCUGGGGGGAAUGCAGCUAGCUUGCUUAAUCAUGAUGAUCCUCCUCAGCUAAGAAGCUCAUUCACAAAUAAUCAGAUAUGGGUUACCCUGUAUAAUAAAAGUGAACAAUGGGCUGGUGGCCUUUUGGUGUGCCAAAGCAAGGGAGAUGACACACUUGCAGUUUGGUCUGAGAGGAAUCGGCCCAUUGAAAACAGCGAUAUUGUGUUAUGGUACACCCUUGGAUUCCAUCACAUUCCAUGCCAGGAGGAUUUUCCUGUAAUGCCAACCGUGUCUUCAAGCUUUGCUCUAAAGCCCAUCAAUUUCUUUGACAGCAAUCCGAUUCUUCGUACUGCCCCUGCCUUUGAAACAGACCUACCUGAUUGCAAGCCAUCUUCUUCCUCUUGAUGGUUCUAUUUGAAUAUGAUAUGAUAAUCUCAGUGUUCUACAUGCAUUAUAGACAAUCACCAGUAAUAUGCGACCUGGUUGUUACUGUGUGAGUCCCACCAGUGCAAAUGUCCUGUGCUCAACAAGAAAUGAUAGUUCUCUUCCGUGGGAAAAAUUGAACAGGAGAAUUUGAGUAGCUUUACCAUGAAGAGGGAUUUUAUCUGCUGCUGGGAUAAUGAUCUUCCAGUUUCCUUGUCUGUGAGCUCUAAAAGGAAUUGCAAGAAGUUCCUCCGUUGUUUCUUUUCUAUUUCACAUCCACCUCUUCCUUAUUAUGGAAACAAAUCCUGUCAUCAAUUCCAGGAACCACGGCUCAUGAAUCACGGUAACAAGACUCAUCUUGGCAACUAUAUAUUCAGUAUUAUAGCAGCAUAUCAGUCACACAUUUAAAUCGUAUAUAGUCCAUUAUUGUAUAUAUCUUUAGUUUCCUUGUGUAACUACAAACUCUUGUAUAUACAUGGUUCCGUAUUAUGAAUAAAAUCAGUGGUUUUUC